AUGCUCAUUGGUGAUUUUAACGAAACCCUCCUUCCUAGUGAUCAACGUGGAGGUAUUUUUAAUCACUCUAGAGCCACCAUCUUUGCCAACUUCCUGGAUAAUUGUAAUCUGCUUGACCUUACAACCACUGGUACUGGUCGCUACACUUGGCACCGUAACAACAAUGGUCGUCGUAUCCUCUCAAAAAAGCUUGACAAAGCCAUUUCUAAUAUGAGUUGGCGUCUUGCUUUCCCCGAGGCCUUCAUUGAGAUCUUAUGCAGACUCCACUCUGACCAUAAUCCUAUCCUUCUCCGCUUUGGUGGUCUUCCCUUAGCUAUAGGGCCCCGUCCUUUCCGUUUUGAGGCAGCUUGGAUUGAUCAUGAGGAUUAUUAUGAUCUUGUUACUACAGCCUGGAACUCUUCUAACCACAAUCCUACUACAGCCUUAAAAAAUGUCAGGGAGAGUUCUAUCAUUUUCAAUCAAGAGGUUUUCGGCAACAUUUUUAAAAGAAAGCGUCAAGUUGAGAAAAGGCUCAAAGGUGUUCAGCAAUACUUUAACCGUGUUGAUUCCAUUUAUCAUGCCCUUUUAGAAAAAGAUCUUCAAAGGGAGUAUAACGACAUCCUCUUCCAAGAAGAAAUGCACCGGUAUCAAAAAUCUAGGGAGCAAUGGGUUAAAUUUGGGGACAAGAACAAUGCUUUCUUUCAUGCCCAAACCAUCAUCAGAAGAAAAAGAAACAAAAUUCAUAGGCUUCAGCUCCCAAAUGUUAUCUGGUCCACUGAUAGCUCAACUCUCCAAGAAGAGGCUCAACGAUUCUUCAAAAACCUUUUUUGCAGCAACCAACACAAUAACAACAACCUUACCCUAGAAGGUACCCACCCAACCAUUGAUGUUCAAGAUAUAACUUCUUUAACCAACCCAAUCACUAAGGCAGAGGUAACCGCAGCUCUGAACUCUAUGAAACUUUACAAAUCCUCUGGCCCAGAUGGUUUUCAAUGCAUUUUCUUCAAACAAUAUUGGCAUAUAGUGGGUGAAGACAUUUUCCAAUUGGUCAAAACAGCCUUCGAAACAUGUUAUUUUGACCCUGCUCUCUCUGACACUCUAAUAGCUCUCAUCCUUAAGGAAAUCAUUCACCAUAUGAGGAGAUCAAAGAAGAAAAAGGGGCAGGUGGCAUUUAAGCUUGACUUUGAGAAAGCCUUUGAUAAUGCAAAAAAUUCUCAACUUAGAUUCAUUUCUGACUUGUUUGAUCCCUUCGGUCUAGCAUCCGGUUUGAAAAUUAAUUUGUCAAAGUCUAGAGCUGAUUAUUCAGCAGGUACUCCUCAAACUAAGAUCAAUAGGCUCACUUCUAUCUCGGGUAUUAGGAGCACUACCUCUCUUGACAAGUAUUUGAGUUUUCCUAUUCUCAAAAGGCGGGCCAAGCAAAGUGAUUUCUUGUAUAUCAUUGAAAAAAUGCAAACUAGACUUGCUUAUUGGAAAAACAAAUUGCUUAAUAAGCCUGGCAGGUUAACUCUAGCAUCAUCUGUUCUCUCAGCUAUUCCAUCUUACUAUAUGCAGAUAACCUGGCUCCCUCAGAAUAUAUGUGACUCUAUUGACCAAACAACUAGAAACUUUAUUUGGAGAGACUCUAAUAACAAAGGUAUUCAUCUGGUUGGUUGGAACAAAAUUACUCGUCCUAAGCACCUAGGAGGACUUGGUAUCAGACCAGCUAGGGAAGCUAACAUUAGUCUUCUUGGAAAGCUUGUUUGGGAAUUGGUCCAAUCUUCAAAUAAGCUUUGGGUUAAUCUCCUAUCUGACAGAUAUGUUUCCGGUCCGCGCAUCCUCCUUGCUACUACCCACAAUAGUGCCUCAGCCACCUGGUCCUCUAUCAUCAAAGCUAAAGAUAUUAUUAAAGAUGGUUUCUUUUGGCGCGCAGGAUCCGGUAGUUCUUCCUUUUGGUCUUGCCCUUGGAGCUCCUUUGGUUACUUAGGGCCUCUUGUACCCUAUAUUGACAUUCAUGACAUUCAGUUAACGGUUAAAGACGUCAUCUCCUCCACUAGCCCUCACACUCAGAUUCUCUACACUCAACUUCCUCCCAUAGUGUCCGAAACCAUCAAUAACACCCACUUUAAAUCCAAUGCUUCCCUUGAAGACGCUUUCAUUUGGACAAACAACAAAAAUGGUAACUACGCUACUAAAAGUGGGUAUCUUUGGCUGCUAUUCCGAAUGCAACCGCAUUCAGGAUUUAACGACCCAGAUUUCUUCUCUAACUUGAUCGAUCAUGAUUGGCUUAAAGAUGGUUUGAUGGGUCCUCAGUGUUUUUUGUUUGCGAGCAUGGUUGAGAACUUCAAAAUUUGCUUCAAACCAAUAUCAAAUGAUACUUUGGACAUCAGAUUCAUUAAGUGGAACAAUAAUAACUUCUCUAGUGUCAUCCUUAAUGUUGAUGGUAGUUGCCUUGGUUCCCCUAUUAGAGCUGGCUUUGGUGGUGUCUUAAGGAAUUAUGCUAGUUUUUACCUUUCAGGAUUUUCAGGGCCUCUUGCCAGGAUGAACAUUGAUGCGAUUGUUUGCUACUCUGAUUCCUUACAUGGUAUAAAUCUCAUAAAAGGUCCUCCUAUGAAAUACCAUGUUCAUGUUGUGUUGAUUCAAGACAUAAAAGACUUACUAGAGCAAAACAAUAUUAUUGUUUGUCACACCCUUCGGGAAGGAAACCAAUGUGCAGAUUUUAUGGUCAAGCUUGGAUCUUUAUCGAAUGUGGACCUCCUCAUCCAUCCUUAUCCUCCGGAUGAUAUUAUGAGUCUUCUCAAGAACGACGCAGCUGGAACUUUUUUCCCAAGGAAUUAG